GUAUUGUGAUCCAAUGCCAGUUCCAAGUUAAAACUGAAACUACCAUUGCGAAGACGAUGACGAGAAGGGAGGGUGAAACGGCGUCGUUGGAGUGGGAGCUGAAGAAGCGGAACGAGGAGCUGGAGGAGGAGCUGAAGCAGAGCAAGGAGAGGGAGGAGCACGCCAGGCGCCAACUCCGCGCCGCACUGGAUCGCCUCCGCGUGGCCGAGGACGCCGAGGAGCAUCUCUCUUCUCAGCUCGGUAGCCUUGAAGCCGAGGCGCUGCAGCAGGCGCGUCACUACCACGCGCGCAUCGUUUCACUCGCCGCUCAGCUCUCGCAAGCGCACUCUCUCCUAAACCCCCUUUCUCCUCCUUCCUGAACCCUAAAUCAACCGCUGCACCCUUCUGCAUGCGUCCCAAUUUGCAGAUCCUCAAGCUUUCGUUAGUUCGGUUUGUACAGUGAUUGCUUUCUGUUCAUUCUUGUGUCGAUCGCUUGUAUUUGGAUUCUAUAAAUAUGAAAUGCAUCACUUGUGAAUAUAACGAAAAUACAACAAAUGCUUAAUGAUAUGUUUAAAUGACUUACUUUAACCAUUAGGGUUAGCAAGAAGGAUUCUGAUAAUCAGAAGUAUGAAGACUAAGUUCAAUCUUUGUUAA